AUGAAUAAUCCACAUACUACAUUCAACCUAGACAAUCCAGGAUAUGAACCCCGUGUUGUACAUGGUCCAUUACAUGGUACCCAUUACCGUUGUACCCAACAGAUUCCAUCAUUCUUGUCGAAUGUGCCACCAUCAGAGGUUUUUCCAGAAAUAGAAAAUCCGAGUAGACAAGUACCGGAGAGUGCACUAUUGACCAUUAACAAAAAGUAUUUGCUGCUGUCACUACUCGCUCAAUGGAACAUGAAAUUCUUGUACAAUACUUUGGCCGAAGCACUGGUCGAUGUCGACGCAUUGCAAUUCAUCUCACCGGAGCAGUGCGAAUCAUUGUUGACUUGUUAUCCUCUGGGCAUUAGAAUCAAAUUCACCGCCCAAGUGACACAAUUGCAACGAGAAUGUACACGCGCUUCGCAAUUCGACCAACGUGUCCUUGCGCCUAUGUUUGCCAACAUGUACUUGUAAUUUUUCGUUUCGUAAUUCUCAAACCAAUUGCAUAACCAACAGACCUAUUAAUUUAGUUAAUUUCCUA